UAUUUCCUUUAGCAGACAUAUAUAAAUCGAUGAUACCGGCGCAAAUCCAUCUGUUCUUAUUUUCUCAGUUGUUCUUCCAGUCACUCUUUCUCAGUUAGAUACAUCCAUUCAUUCAUUCUUCACUUCUUCUUUGUCUAAUUCUUAUAACCUUUAAAGCUCCCUCCUCUCUAUCUCUCAAGUCUCAAUAGGAGAAAAGGUUCGGUUAACCCAGCAACUGCAAGAUCUAUUUGAUCUAUAGCUCCCGACACGAGAUCGAUUUCAGUAAUAUCCUCGAUCUCCUCUCCCUCUGUCUCUCUUGGAAAUGAGCAGUCUUGGAGCUCGAAUAAAGGAGGAGUUACCGGGGGCGAGCUCACCCGCUGGUGCUGCCUCCGGCUUCGGCAUUCCAACCCCACAGCCAAUGGAAGGCCUCCAUGAUGCUGGGCCACCCCCGUUCCUCACCAAGACCUACGAGAUCGUGGACGACCCGACGACCGACCACAUCGUUUCUUGGAGCACGGGUAACAACAGCUUCAUUGUUUGGGACUCCCAGACCUUCUCUAUGACCCUCUUGCCCAAAUACUUCAAGCACAAUAAUUUCUCAAGCUUUAUCAGGCAGCUGAAUACCUAUGGUUUUAGGAAGGUGGAUCCUGAAAGAUGGGAGUUUGCUAAUGAGGGGUUCUUGAGAGGGCAAAGGCAUCUUCUCAAGAAUAUUAGGAGGAGAAAAUCCCUUCAACCUCAAGCUGCGUCUUCGCAGCAGUCUCUCGAUCCUUGUGUUGAAGUUGGCAUAUUCGGGCUAGACCAGGAGGUCGACCGGCUAAACCGAGACAAGCAAGUCUUGAUGAUUGAACUAAUCAAGCUCCGGCAACAGCAACAGACUUCUAGGGCCUACCUUCAACAGAUGGAACGGCGCCUCCACCGGACUGAGCAAAAGCACCGCCAAAUGAUGAGCUUCCUUGCUAGGGCGAUGAAGAAUCCCGAGUUCAUGCAGCAGUUAGUCCAGCAGAAAGACCGGAGGAAGGAGCUCGAGGAGGCAAUCAACAAGAAGAGAAGGCGACCUAUCGAUCAAGGGCAAUAUAGUGAUAGUAUUUGUAAUGCUAUCGACCUUGCUGAUGAUGAUGAAGAGGGAAUAAACCCAACCUUGAUUAAGGUUGAGCCCGAAAAUUUGGGGGAUGUCUCUGAGUUUGGACUCGACGAGAUUGAUACACUUGCUAUAGAUGUCCAAGGGGUAGGUGGAACAAGCCAAAGGGAUAUUAAUGUCGAGGAAAACUAUUUAGGGGAACUAAUUGAAGAGGAACAUGAACAUCAUCAAGAAGGUAGAGUUGAUAAAGAGUUUGAUGAUGGAUUUUGGGAAGGUUUAUUGAAUGAGGGGAACGAGGAGCUCGGUUUGCUAGGCAUCGAAGGUGAAGAUGAGGAGGAUGUUAAUGUGCUGGCCGAACAACUUGGGUACUUGGCCUCUAGUCCAAAAUAGAUAGGCUCGAAAAUUCCACAUCGCCAAGCUGGUUUUUACUGAUCAAAUUGAAAGGGAAUUGUCCAACAUUUGUCUAGGAUUUGAGUUUCCUCUUUCUAAUUUGGUCUCACUGACUUAAAUGUUUAAGGUACAGUCAAUCAACUGCCAGGUAAUUCUUGAGUGCUUUAACUUCAUGAUUAGGACUGUAAAAUGAGAAACAAACAACAAUUUAAUUUUAUGACUCAUCUACUUCUCUAGUGGCCGUGUUCUUGUACUUUGAAUGACUGAUUGCCUUCUUCUAAGGAGUGCCACUUAGCUUGCACCUUCUUGUCAAUCCUUUUGUUAGUGUUCUUCGUCCCUAUUUUAUUACCACUCAUGAUUCCUUGAUUA